GAUACGGUGCGGAACUGUCAAUAACAGCACGUCGGUGUGUUGGUGCGAACUUUGUUUUCAUAAACAUUUCGCUGCAACAAAAGAAGCUAAAUUACACAAAGUUUCCCCGAUCUCUUGAACCUAAUGUGAUCAGGUACUUUUGUUGCAAUCUGCUUGUUACAAAUCGUAAUCGCGAUAGUAAAAAUGGCAGAUGAACGUAAUUUUCGUUCAACCUACUACGAGAAGGUUGGCUGCCGUGGGGUAGAAGAACGGAAAUCUUUGGAAAUCCUUCUGAAGGAGAAACCGCUCAAUCUGACCAAGUUGACACAGUUCUGCAUUCGGUUCACCGUUCCCAAAAUACAUGGAACUGUUCUGUGGAAUUCUCUGCUCGGCGUCACACCGGUAUAUGAUAAAUCCCGGGAAUACGUCAUGGAGCAACGGGUAGCUGUGUAUAACGAUUUGCUAAAAGCGUUGAAAACGAUGCGAAUAGUAGAUGAGAAUACACCAACCUCUCGGGUGCUGUAUGCAAUGUGGCUGUUGGAGAAAAAACAGUUGUACCUCGGUCGAGACAUUACCCAAGAAAGCCAUUUCUGUAACAUUACAAAAGUGUUGUUGGAAAUUUUCGAUAACGACAUCGAAACGUACUGGAUGGCAAAAAGUUUGUACGACUACUCCGAAGAGGUGUCCUUGGAAAUGGGCAAGCUUUCCGAUCUAACGUAUACCAUACUGGAAAAGGAAGAUAAUGGAUUGUACAUCCAUUUAAAGUCCUGUGAUAUGUUAACCGCACUGCCACUGUCCGAUUGGUACCGAUCAUUCUUUGCCGGUGUGCUGUCGGAACCGGCAUUGAUUCGCAUCUGGGAUAAGAUAUGUGGAGGAGCAAUCAAAAUUGUGGUUUUCGUAAUGAUCGAAAUAUUGCGCAUGCUGCGACGGCGGGUCCUCCGUUGUGUGGAUCAAAAGAGUCUCUUCGAAUGCAUCGAUAGUAUAAAAAACGAACAGGAAACGGCUGAUAUGAUCGUAAACGGGGCGAUCGAGCUGUGGCAGCAGAACAAGGGCCACGAAUAUAUCCCGCAGUCAAAGGUUAAAACACUCAGUUAGUCAGUGCAGCAGCACACAAGCGCGAACACUCUGUGAGAGCUACGGUUCGCUUGAAAGUGCACUAUAUGUUAAUUGUUUUAUUUUUAAGAUACCUUUGUUCAAAAAGUUCAAUACCUGUGUACUUUUGUUUAAGGAGAUAAGACAUACAACUAAAACACUGUUACUCACA